GUCCUCCAUAGUGUUUAACCCACUUUCCAGCUGUAAACAACAUGGCGCUGCAGUCCAUAAAGUAUGAGCGAGGAAGUCUUCUGGUUUUGGAUCAGUUGUUACUGCCAGCACACAAGGAAUACAUCGACGUCAAGCACACACGGGACGGAUGGGAAAUUAUAAAGAAGAUGCAGGUCCGUGGAGCACCAGCAAUAGCUAUAGCAGGAUGCCUUAGUUUGGCGGUGGAAUUAACAAACAAGGAGUUCGAGACACUGCCAGAACUAGCAUCAUUCAUCAAGGACCAACUGCAGUAUCUGGUAACCUCCAGACCAACUGCUGUCAACAUGCUGAACGCUACCAAGACCUUGAGCGCGAGUGUUGACGAACUCGUGGCCACCAACACGCUCACUGUGGACAUUGUGAAGGAAAGAAUCAUCGAAGAGAUAGAAUGCAUGAUGUACCAAGACAUUAGCGUGAACAAGAGCAUGGGUUGGUUCGGCGCUGAGCACAUUCUCGAGAGAUUCCACGACCAGUCUGUCAAUAUUCUAACCCACUGCAACGCUGGGGCUCUGGCUACUGCUGGCUAUGGUACUGCAUUGGGUAUCAUCCGGACACUGCACGAAAGGAACCGAAUCAAACGCGUGUACUUCACGGAGACUCGCCCGUACAAUCAAGGAUCCCGGCUGACGGCCUACGAACUGGUUCACGACAACAUCCCCGCCACCCUGAUUUGCGACAGCCACGCCGCCAUACUGAUGAAACUCCACGACAUAUCGGCGGUCGUGGUCGGCGCUGACCGAGUUGUGGCCAAUGGGGACACGGCUAACAAAGUGGGCACCUACCAGCUCUCCAUCGUGGCUCGGCAUCAUGAGGUGCCAUUCUACGUGAGCUGUCCUUCGUCCACCUUUGACCCGACCAUGGAGACUGGGGAGGAGAUAGUUAUAGAAGAACGACCACAUAUAGAGAUGACCGAGACGAAAGGAAUCAGAAUAGCUGCUCCCGGCAUCAACUGUUGGAACCCUGCCUUUGAUGUCACUCCAGCAGAACUUAUCACUGGAGGAAUUGUUACGGAAUUUGGUGUUUUUAAACCAGGCGAACUCAAAGAACAACUUGCACGUUUCACGAUCUAAGCAGAGUUAAACAAUUUAAUUCCCAUUGUCUUCGGAAGUGAUUUUGUUUUGUGGGGUGGGGUGGGGCGGGGAGGGUAAGCGAAUUGAUAUAUUAUUGGCCCACCCAUGUGCUAGUAUCUUUCGACGCCUAUGCUUCCUAAUUGUGAGAUGUGUUGGGUUGCCGCUAUUCCCUUUUUAUAACAAAGGAAUAAUUAAGAUCAUAAAUUGUAUAUUUUUUAAUGGUAGGCUUUCUGCCUGGAUUUUGUAGAUUAUAUUUUGUAAUAUUGUGCACUUACCAUUUUAUGACAUGCAUGUACAGCGGAACAGGUGUCCGGUGUGAAUCAUUUUCCACUCGGUCCACCCGUAAGGACAGACCCUAUACAGUCAUAUAGGGUUAUGUGUCGAAAAGCAGAGACAAAUAUGUUGUUAGUUUUAGUGUAAAGACACAUGAAUAUAAGGAAACGUCUUCGAAAUGGAAUAACAUAUGUUCUUAUUCCAACGAGAACCCGUUAUAGAAGUAAUCUACUGUUUGAUAUAUUGCCGUUUAACUCGGAUCUCACUUGCUGACACACGCUCAGUACCACACAGUGAUGCACGCGGCAUCAAGUCUUUAGUACCAGAUAUUAGACUCAUUGAAUGAUUUUAUGUAUAUUUUAUGAUGCGAAAAUCAACCAUAAUUAAUUAUGUACAUAUAUCAACCAUAAUAAACCAUAAAAUAUA